CUGCCCCAGAGAAGUGUCAAGUGUUGUCGAUGACAGGACCCAGACAUAGAAAACAACAACAACAACAAAAGGGUGCAUAGAUUACUAUUAUAGAGAGAGACAGUGAAGUUACCUGAGCUGUCACGCACACCUGUGGGGUCAUAAUAACACCUUUAUAUAUCCUUUAAAAACCCACGUGGAAGAAGUCAACCAGUGUUCAUGUGUGACAUAUACAGCCUGGACUCUCACUGCGUGUCUCCACGAUGCAACAUGAGUUGGGCGAUGGAGCCUGCUAACUUCUACGAGACCUCCAAGCUGAGCGCUCUACCGCAGCAGACGCAGCCGCAGCAGGGCGUCUGCAAGCCGGGCAGCAGAGGCGACGAGGUCGGUGGAGCUGGAACCACCAUGGUGGAGCUGAGCACCGCAGUCGCUCCUCCUGCUACUGCCAUGUACGACGACGAGAGCGCCAUCGACUUCAGCCAGUACAUCGAGUCCAUGACUGCGGUGCCGACACUGGAGCUGUGCAACGACGAGCUCUUCCUCGACCUGUUCAACACUGUGAAGCAGGAGAAGGCGGAUUUCUACAACAUGAUGCCCGGAGACAUGCAGCAGCUGUCGGCCUCGUACGCGGCUGCAGAGAGGAAGGAAGGCAUGGGGAUGGUUAAAGUGGCGUUUAGUGCGCCCAUCAAGCAGGAGUCCGACUGGAGUGACAGCGACAUGUCUUCACCUCUGCCUUCCCAGAUUGAGAGUUGUGCUCAGACCUCUGUGAGUCUCCUCUCUGCAGGGCAACCAACUCCUCCAACCACCCCGGAGCCUCUCUCCAGUUCCAGCGGCUCCUCAGCCAAGUAUUCACCGCGCAAGAUGGGCAGAGAGAAGGGCAAGAAGGUGGACAGGUACAGCUCGGAGUACCGGCAGAGGCGAGAGAGGAAUAAUAUCGCAGUGAGGAAAAGCAGAGACAAAGCCAAGAGGCGCAACAUGGAUAUGCAGCACAAGUUGCUUGAACUGAGCUCUGAUAAUGACAGACUUCACAAAACGAUCGAGCAGCUAAGCAGAGAGCUGUCCGGGCUCAGAGAUUUCUUCAAGCAGAUGCCCAACACCAACUCUCACAACUCCAACUUUGUGGGCUCCACAAGUGCAUUGAGCCGGUGAUGAUGCAUUAUACUCUAUAUGAACUGAGCUUCUAGGGAGACAUACCUCAAAAAAAGACUUUUUUUAUACCAUCUGUACCAGAUGUAUUUUUAAGCUUACCAUAAUGGCACUGGAAAAAAAAUAUAUAUAUGAUGUUUGCUGCCAUAUUUUUUGUGGGAUUUUUUUUUUGUCUGUAUUAAAUUAUUUUUACCACUGCAUUUAUUAUGAUGUUAUAAUGGUACAUGUUUUUAUAUAAUUCCAAACUUUGUAAUAAGAGCCAGAGCAUGAUCUUUUAUAUAGUUUGUAUGAAAAACCUUGGAAAACAUUUUUGUUUAUGGAAUCUAUAAUAAAAAUUGCUGAAAAGGUGCAAGAAAAUA